AUGAACCAAGACGACGGUGCACCCGAGAACGACGACGAUGGGUUGGAGCUGCUGCAGCGCGCUCGCCUCCUUGUCCAGGCCGCCACGAACUUGCCCGAUUUUAGCACCCUAUUUAGCAAGAUUCCACCGCCCCCGAUCCUCGAGGAGUCGGAUAACGAAGAGCUGGAGACGGCGCCCCCCCAAGCCAAGACCACCAAGGCCAAGCCCAAAAAGGCGGCUGCUAGCAACCAGGACGAAGUCAAAAGGGACAAGAAAAAGGCCGUCAAGAAGCCCAAGGAGCCCCAGCGAGAGACGCCAUCCCGUCCUCCUGUCAAACCUGCCAAGAGCUCACCACGGUCGCCCAAGACUGUCAAGCCGCACAAACCCAAGGCGAAGAAGGAGGCGCCGGAAGCCCCCGUCGUUGACGAUCCUGACCAAAAGGCCGCCCAAGAGCUCGCACGCAAGUACGCCCAGGAGCGCGCGGCGGCACGCGUCGCCGCCAAGCAGCGCGAGAAGCUAAAGGAGGCCGAGAAGCAGCAACAGACGGAGGCGGACUGCGUCUCUGAGUUUUACGAGACCCUCGAAGAGCGGGAGAAGCGGCUGAAAAACGACCGGCGCAAGGCCAAGGAGCGCGCGCGCCACCGACGGCAGCAAGCGCAGCACGAAGAGCCGGCCGAGCCCAAGCCUGAAAAAGAGACCCAUAUCCCCGACUUGGACAAGUUCCAGCAGCAAACCAAGGAGCGUUUGCUUCGCGCCAAGGAGCAGCGGCGACGCGAGGAAGAUCUCAAAGUGCAGCAGGCCGCCAAAGAACUGGAAGAGAAAGUGCGACACCAGCAGGAAGACGAGGAGGCGCAAGACGAGCUCAAGCGGCGCGCCGACCAGCUUCGAAAAGAGACGCGUCGGCGCUUGAAGGCAAUGGAGAAGCACAAGUCGGAGCUCGAGCGUAAGGAGAUGGAGCUGCGACAGCAAGGCCUCGAGCGCUACAAGCAUCACAAGGGCGAGAUGGAGCGUGUCGCCAAGGGCAUUUCGUCCCAAAAGCCAAAAGACGAGUCGCCUUCCGAGGACGUGCCACCCAUCGAUGACAAGCAACCCACCGCCGAUCCCAUCGUCGAGCAUGUAGACUCGCCCACGAGAGCGCUACCUGCGGAGAACCAAGUUGAGUUGCAGACGACUCUGGAGGAGUGCCACGACAACGACGACGGUGCUCUGGUUGCUGCCACCCCAGAGGUUCAUCUACCAGCGAUCGUGUUGCCGCCGCUGGUGGACGGUGCGCGAGUGCCACCCCAUGAGAAGCCAGUUCCAAAACCCAAGAAGGCGGCUCCGUGGAAGCGACCGCCGGUGCCGAUGCCAAGUGCCGAUGCAGUAGCGAGCCGGGCAAAACUACCGAGCGCCCUGCCCGGCGGCCCACCGCUGCCACCACCGCGCGACACGUCGUAUUCAGACAGACUCAAGAGUCGGACAGCACCAGCAAGCUUGGGCCCUAGUGACGGAGCAGGCCAGCGGCUCGUGAGCGCAACGCGGGACCGCGCCAAUCAAAUGGACGCGCAGGCCAAAAAGACACUUGCCCCGCCCGUCUAAAGCUGUCAAAGUCGCUCCGAUGGACCUUGCCGUUCAGCCAGACCAUGCUCGCCUCACGUAGCAGUAUGCUCGCCUCACGUAGCAGUAACAUGACGCACAACACGUUGCACCAUAC